AUGCGAACGCAUCUCACGUUUUACGUUGGUCGGCUUAAGCCGUACCAUCAGUACGCUGCUUCUUCCGAUGAAGAACGCCCUUGCGCUCAAGCAUCUCGCCGAGAGCCUUGUGCUCCCGAUGGUGGCCAUCGACAAGGGUCUGAAAAACAGUUAUCUCAGCCCGAGACCGAUCAACCUCCCCACAAGCUACCCUUAGCUCGUCACGCAGAGAUGUCAGAGAUCUCUCGUUCUCAUGCUGAGCAAAGGCAAACGCAGCUCGAUGCUUCAAGGCAGUGUCCGCCAUUUGGAGACGCCUAUUCCGCUCAUGCUCGAGAUCGUCGCGUAACCCUUGCGUUACGCGAUCAAAGAAGCUUUCGGGAACACACGGAUCCACAUGAUCGUGUGGAGAGCGUCUUUCCUCCUCCUCCACCUCCGUUAGAGGACUCUCGCGGUGGCCAGCGCUAUCUGGUUGAGCAGCUGUUGAACCACCGCAAUGUUAACGGACGUCGGACGAGUUAUCUCGUCCGGUGGCGCGGUUAUCCCCCGUCCUGGGAUACUUGGGAGCCCCGCUCCCAACUGAUGAUUGACGUACUGGGUCUGGUUGAGCAGUACGACGCGGCACAUCCUGUGCCGCAGAAGGACCGCCGGAGAAAGUCUUCCCGGCACGGUCGUAAAGGGAUUUCAGGUUGUCAAUCCCUUCGUACAUCUCACUAG